CUCAGUUUUGUGACCGAUCGCCAGCCUCGUAAGCCUCAUUCUUCAUCGGACGAUCGCCGUGAGAAGUCAGCCCGUCGUGUACCUCUCCGAGGCCGGAUGGUAAAAUCCAACCUCCAGCGGAUCCUGAAUAGUCACUGCUUUGCUCGCGAAAAAGAAGGAAAACACCAGUGUUAUACUACAAUGGCUGCUUUUAGUAGUAGUAUUUGUGACUUGAGUGGCAAGCUGCCUCUGCGCUGUAGCAGUACCCACAGCCCAGGGCCUCUGUGGUGUUCCGAUGCCCCUCUCCCACCCCUGAAGAUCCCAGGUGGGCGAGGGAAUGGUCAAUGGGAUCACACUUCUUCAGCUCGGCCGCUGCACUCAGACAAGAAGCUCACAGUGACGGAGGAGCCAGCAGGAAAUGGACGUCCCAGGAUCCUUCACUUCAAGAGCUGCCCCACAGCGUCUCGGAUGAUCCAAUGGGACGCAGUGGUCAGCGACGACAACCUUUAUGUGGAGAUUCCCCGGGAUACCCUUCCUGAGGGCAGCAAAGAAAGUUUUGCAGCUCUUCUGGAGUAUGCUGAAGAACAUCUGAACGUUGUCACAGUAUUUGUCUGCUUUUACAAGAACAGAGAUGACAGAGCUAAAUUGCUGCGCACAUUCAGCUUUCUGGGCUUUGAGAUUGUGAAACCAGGCCACGCCCCUGUCCCACCUCGACCUGAUGUGUUCUUCAUGGCCUACAACUUUGACAGGGAUUCCUCUGAUGAAGACUAAUUCAGAAUGCCGCCCCCAGUGACCCAUAGAUCCUCAGCUGUCCCCUUGUGACUCAAGUGCUUAAAAACACCCACGCUUUUUGUGUUCCAAGAAAGUGCAUAGACUUAGGCUCCCGUGAAUGAGAUUCUGUGGCUUUUUAUACGCAUCAUUUGCCGUUGUUUUUGCUCAUUUAGUUUUAGUAUAUUCAGUGUUUGAGAGAAGCCAAUGGUCCUGAAAUAUGUUAAAAUUUUCAUGAGCUUUGAAGAGCUGAAGGAAUAUGCGUAAUUUUGGUGGAUGUGCAAGAGUAGGUUUUACACUUGGCUAUCCUGUCCGUGAUUGGAUAUAAUUGAAAGAAACUGCAUUACUUAAUGACAAUGCACAGAAAUAGUUACAUAUGAAAAUCCAUAAUGGCUUUAGUGUUCCUGUUUAUAUGGAGCCUAAACACUUAGAUCUACACUGCAAACGUGCUCCAAAGAGAUAAAAUUGAGAAAUCAAGUGAAGAAUGACUGCAGCUUGUGUGAUUAGUCUUAGUUAUGGAGUGGUUAUACUAACCUGGCUGUCUGCUUUUUUUUCUGUUAUGUGCACAAUGUCUUAGUACUGCAGUUUUUUUUUGGGAACUUUGUACUGAUUGAAUUUUGGUCAAGCAUUCCUCCACAAGUUACAUACCCAACUCCCACAUAGUUUUGAUGAUUGAUGUUCACCUGCAUAGUGGUACCUUAUUGUGUGUCUGUGAUAAUAAAAAUGAUUUAAAAAAAACAA